UUGGGGCAUUAAUGCCACUCUCAGGAGGAGGACUUUGUAUAAUUCUGCUGAACAGCUGACCGCUAACUUGAAAAGUCUUCUUUAUUAUAUCUCUCGUUUCUACACAGUCAAAAUCAUGCUGUUGCUGCAUUUGUGCCGAUGGAAGGGAAAGCUGGCGUUCAGCGUUCUACUCAUUUGUGCAGUAAUCUUCGAGUUGGCCUAUUGUCAAGACGAACAGAGGAAUACACCGAAGAAGAAGGUCACACUAAAAAACAACAAACCUGGCAAAUCAGCAAAUAAAGGGCCCAAGACUGUAACCGCCAAACCCAAGAAAAAAGCUACACCCCCUGCUCAGGUCCAGACCUUCAUCACACAGGUGCUGGACAGAGGGACCUUUAAAAAGGUGGGUGAAAGCAUAAGUGUGCCGACAGGAGGAAGUCUGGAGCUGAGGUGCAGGGGCAAACCUGUGCAGUGGAGUGUGCCACCCUACCUGGAGGAGGACCACGAAGGGCGACUCAGGACGGUCCAACAUGAGCGAUAUGGCGUCCUGACCCUGGUCAACACCACCGGUGCAGACACAGGAGAGUACAGCUGCUAUCCAAUGUACUGUGAAGACACCGACUGCAGGAAGGAGUACGACAAAGCUGUCAAGGUCUUUGUCUUCUUUCCAGACCCUCAGGAGCUAUUCGUCCCUUCAGCUGACUAUUAUGAGGUAAUCCAGCUGAGGACCAACUGGCCAACAGUCCUCCCCUGUCAGGUCACUACCCCCGAGGCCAAGGUAACUUUGCACCGCGAGUUCCCACCGGCGGAGGUGGCGGUGGACGGGACGGAGAUCUCCUUCAGCGUCAAGAAGGGCUUCACCAUCCAUCGUCCCCGGCCGCAUCACGCCGGAGCCUUGUUUUGUGUCGCCAGUCUGGGCAACCUGAGGCAGAGCUCCACUAAGUACAUGCUGAUUUAUGUCAACUACCCCACGGCUCCACCCGCCCCAGUCAUCCGGGCCUCAUCAAGCCCAGUGGUCGUUGGGGAGAACCUCCGCGUCAGCUGCACUGUGGUGGCAGAGCAGGAUGUAGACAUCGGUUUCACAUGGGACUACCCAGGACAGGAGAUUGGACGGCCUCUGUACACCCAGGAGAGCAUCAGUCUGGUCGGUGGUGGAACAGCCCGACAGCAGUCUCAGUCGGUCCUCCUGGUGGAUGAAGUGAGAGACGUGGACAAGGGAACCUACACCUGCACCGCCCAGAACCUGCAAGGAGCCAAAUCAGUGUCCACGACAGUCAGAGUGGUCCCCAAAGCGAAACCAACGAAACCAUGACAUGCGUGACUGCGUUGAGAGAGUGAACAGGAAGCUGCAGAAACCGGCUCCUUCGCAAUAUUAGACUCUCGUUUGUUUCAUGUGGAACCACAAUCACAGUAAAUAUCUAAAAAUAUAAACAAACUGCAACAGCUUGUAGAUUAAACAUUUUACAGUAUGAUUGUUGGAUGAUUUUCUAUUUUAUGAAGACUACAGCUGUUUAUUUGGGGUUAAACUGCCAUAACUUGUAAAUACCAUCCGCCACAAGUUUUCCAGUGUAGUAGUGAUGCCACGUCAUUUAGAUUUUGCGUAAACAACCGUAAUAUUCACCGUAACUCACUUUACAGCAGUCAUCCAUCGUAACUGUUUAACUCUAUGACAUGAAGCAAGGAGUCAGCGGAUCUACAACUCAUUAUUGGAGCAACAUGUUUGUUCUACAUAUGUGUACUCCACAUGCUUUAUACUGUAUAAGGUAUCAAACAGGUUGGUGACGUGUCCUGCUACAGCAAAAAACAAGUUAAUGCAACACUUCUAAUAUGUGUGUGAGACCAGUUAAGCCAGUAAGAUAUUUUCAUGUUGCCAAAAAAGCGAUUAAAGCCAAUAUCUUUGGAUCAGAAGCUCAUUUAAUGCAUAUGCAUGAACGUUUUUCUCAUCUAGAGCACAAAGACAGAGGAUUUAACGGUUGUGGGGAAUGGUGGAAGCCUGGGGCAAAACUCUGCCUCACCUGUCAUCUGUAUGGCAGCCAGUUUGUGGAAAUCUUUUAUAUGGAGAAGUGGCCAGUUUCUUGGGUGGUGAGGUUAUUUCUAGGGUGACUCAUUAACUGAAUGAUAAUUUUGAUUAGGUGUUUGUGUUAGAGAAAUGGAGGAGGACUAAUAUUUAGGAAAAGCAGGAUGCAGAGAGUGAUGAAGGUAGUAAAGCAGGACACAUUUCAGAGACAGGAGGUUUAGAGCAGAGUGAGGAUGAGGUGGUCUUGAUUGUGUUUGGUCACUAGAUGAAGACGCCUCACUGGCAGAGAUGACUUGGAAAUCCUGGUGCAGACAUUUCAUGCAUACAGUUUUUAAACCCUCAACGGUAUCGUGUAAUUGAUCUCACAUUUUUUCAUCCAUUUAAUUUGAACCCACUGUUUAUUGAGCUUACACAAACACUUGAUUCCUGCAAAGAGUUUAAAUAGUAACUUCAAGAUAAGACAUAGGCUCAUUGCAGUUUCUAUAAUCCUUCACCAGAUCAACACCUUUACUUAUUACACACACAAGCAUUGUGACUGUGAGAAGGUUUAAGAAUAAGUGCUGAAGUGCUGGUUGUCUGUACACUCUCUGUACCCUCCUCUUUCCAGGUCUGUUUGUUCGUCCUGCGUGUCUCAUAUACGGUUGUUUGCAUGUUUAGUGUUCGUAUUAGGGGUGAUUUAUUUUUCUGCUCUGCAGUGAUCUUUAGUUAUGUAGUUAUCUAUGUGUGUUAGUUUGGUGUUCUUAGUUAUUGGCAAUCCUGCAUGUGCAGCGUUGUUAGUUUGUACGUCCCUUUGUGUUCACCUGUUCAUUUAACCGUUUUAUGAUUCAGUUCUGUCUGUGGGUCGUGCAUUUGGGUCCUCCCUCUUGUCUUGUUUGUCCGCCGUAGCAGCCUGUGAUUCCCCCUGCGCUUAGUGAGCGCCUGUAGUUCGAGUCUAGUUUGUCCCGUGUGCGUAACAGAUUAUUCCUGAUUCUAUUCUGUCUAACCAGACUGUUCAACUUGUCCUUGUAAAACUUUUCUGACUUGAAGUGGUUCCAAGAUUUGUGACUCAUGUUCACUUCUGGACAUACUGUUGUUUUCUUGUCAUGGCCUGGCAGAUUCUGUGUUUCUCCCACUGGUCCCAGAUCCCCGUGGAAAUGAGAGAAAUGAACCCAGGAGGUAAAGAUAAAUGUCAUGACCCUGUGUGAGCUGACUACUGUACAUGCAUCCUAAAUGCUGAAGUAGCGUUUAUCAAGUUAUGGUAAUGAUACUGUGCUAUACUUGUGUACAGUAUGUAAACAUCAGACCUCAUGUACACAAAAGUGUCUUACAAGGUCACACUCGGAGCCCUGGUUGUUUGAAUCUGAAACCUUCUGCUUCCCAGGCCAAUGCUGUACCUGCUGAGCCACCAGACCACCAAACAAACAUCAUGAUUAUUGUUACAACACUAUGCUAAUCUCAGCGUUAUUGAGCAGGCCAUACAGGUGUUAAAUCCUAAAUUGAAGCAUUUUACCAUUUUGCCAUGAUAGUCACAAU